UUCUUAUUCUGAAGGCAGCGACUGACAAACAGAGCACUUCUGUGUGAUUUUGGAUGAAAACUCUGUGUUCUUCUCAGGAUGAACAUGGCUUCUGUGGUUAACUGUAGAUAACAAAGAGAACAGUUAUCCCAUUUGGAUUUUACAUGAGGUGCCUCAAAGAAGGGGAAACAAAACCUGUACUCUGAGAUCUUUUUUUUGGAUAUAAAACAUAGACAGGUAAUCAAGAGAGAUGAAGACCCGUGUGGUCCAGAUUUGGGGUUUCCUAAUGACAGUGCUGGGCUGGAUUUUUGUGGCCUGCACUAUGGCCAUGGAGGGCUGGAAAAUCACUUCCAUCGGAGGCAUGGGGGGCUCCUCCAUCAUCAAAGUGGCCUGGUACUGGUCCAGCCUGUGGAGAUCCUGCUUCACAGACUCCACUGCUGUCAGUAACUGCUACGACUACCCAGUGCUCUGGUCUGUCGAGGGACAUAUCCAAAUAGUGCGAGGCCUGCUGAUGGCAGCCCUCUCCCUGGGCAUGUUAGGGUUUGUGCUCAGUAUGCUGGGCAUGGAGUGUACCUUCAUUGGCGGAAAAGACAGAUCAAAGUACAAGAAGAUCUACACAGGUGGAUGGUGCCACAUAAUCAGCGGUGUACUAUCUACAUGUGGAUAUGGUGUUUAUGCCCAGUAUGUCUCUGUGGAAUACUUCAACCCUGACUUUACUGACCUGAAGUUCGACCUGGGCACUCCGCUGUUCCUGGGCUGGGUGGGCUCUGGUUUCCAUAUGGCUGGUGGUUUCUUCUACCUGUGGUCAGUGUGUAAACCGCUCUGUGGGGGAGAGACCACCGUAAUCACAAUUCCCCGAGAACCAGACCCAGAGCAAACUGAUGACAAAACCAAGUCCACCACAGCUCUGUCCGCCGUGUCUGAGAUCACCUCCAAGACCAAGGUGUCCUCCAUCUCUGAGCUCUCAUCGAAGUCCGACCGCUCCGAGGUGUCCGAGAUCUCCACAAGAUCAGGACGCACAUCCAAGACCGGACGCUCAGCCAUGUCAGGGCGGACGACGAGGACGGGGAGAAGCAGUCAGUCGGCAGGGUCCAGAUCAGGGUCAGGGUCAGGGUCAGGGUCAGGAUCAGGGUCAGAAUCUGGCCUCUCAUCGAGGUCCAGCAUAUCGACUUUAUCUGACUCGAGGAGCAGCAGCAGUGGCCGGACGGUGUCGUCUUUAUCGGCAACUUCAAGGAGUGACACUGAACCAUUUCUCAAAAACUCAUAUAUAUAAAUUAAAAGAUGUCAUUAUGUUCAGUGUUUCGGGAUUUCCAAACGUUUCCACAAUCUAACCCAUAAUGACCCAGUGCUACUUUUGUGUCAGUUCCCAGAUGAUUUUUCUUUUUAUUUAACCUUUCUUAAAUGAUUUAUCGCCAUUUAUUAUAAUAUUAUCAUCUGUAUUUUUUGUUUUUCAAUGAAAAUCAGGUUUUUUCUCAUAUUUAAUUCACUGAUCAUGUAGAUCAGGGGGGUCCAAUCCAGCCCCUGGGAUAAAUUUGUGAAAUGCAAAAAUUACCCCGAAAAUGUUUAUAAUAAUUUUCACUCAGGUUACACAUUCAGCCCAAUUCAAUCUCAAGUGGGUCAGACCAGUAAAAUACUCUCAUAAUAACCUAUAAAUAAUGGCAACCCCAAAUGUUUCUCUUUGUUUUAGUGUUAAAAAAAAGUAACGGUAACACUUUAUUUGAAGGUCUAGUUUAUUAUGCAUUAAGCGCAUAUUCAUAAGACAUUACAAUGCAUUUAUAAUGCAUUAUAAAAGUCAUUACAACACUUUAUGAUCAUGUAAAACAAUUUAUACCAAGGCUGAUAAAGUAUUAUAAGUGUAGGCAUAAUGUAUUAUAAAUUCA